AUGCCAUCACACUACCUUCUACCACCAAUAUCACCGCGAGAAUAUCUUCCAACCACACACCCACCUCAUCGCUACUUCACCAACAGAAACCUUAGCCUCAACUUUGUCACUUUCUUUGUUUCCAGAAUCCCAGGUGGAAGAUCCUAUUCUUUCAACAUCAUUCUCAACAUUAUUUGGAAACAAAUGAGUGCUUGGAGAGGCAUAGUGGAUGUUGGCAUACUGAAGAUCGUAUUUGAGAUGCUUGAAAGAGGGACGCUUGAGAAGAAUUACUUAUUAAGCAAAGAGAGCACAUUCCAUCUGAAGAUCCACUUGAAGCAGCUUGAAAAGUUAAAAAAGAAAUUGCUACACAUGCUCAGACAUUGUUUAGAUUGCCCCUAA